UUUUUUUCUCUCUCUUUCUCUAGAUUCAGCAGGUCAAACAGGCUAUUUGCUGGAAUAUGGUUUGGGAAAGGAAAACCUCAUUUUCCCACAUUUAUGAAGCCAUUUUGCCAAAGCAUAAGAAAUUUGUACCUGAAAGGUUAGUGUGACAGGUUUAGAGUUUAAAUAGUAAACAAGUGGGUGGGGAAGGCUGUGCAAUAUAGUGCAAAAUAAUGCAAAAUGGGCUGGUUUUUUUUGCAGUCCAAGUCUAAAUUUCAAAUUUUCAUCAUCAUACAAUACAUGUAAUAAUGCAAAUAUUCAUUUGAAAACUGAUAAAAAUAUAUUUUAUGAAAAACGUGAAUAGUAGUCUUGACACCAUAUACAUUCAAAUUAUCCCUUUAUUACAAUAGCCUUAACAAUUUACAACUGUAUGUGGACAACAUGAAAUAUAAUGCAGCCAGUAUAGGAAUGUGUAACUUAUAAUAUUAAUGAGUAGACCUGUUUGUUUUGGUACUUAUAGGUAUUGAAAUACCCAAAGUUGAACACACCAUUAAAGGUAUCCUCCUGGACACAACAAUGGACUCUCCUGCAAGAUCUUCUUGGUUAAACAUAAAACAGUACAAUGGGUACAAUGGCUGCUGCACUUGUACUGAGCCAGGGGAACAACUGGACCUUGGACCUGGAAAAAAGAAUGCUAGACGCCAAUGCCAUGUUUACCCCUUUAAUAAAAGCUUUGCACAAACCACUGGGCAUGCCAAAUUUAGACAGCACGAUGAAGUCAAGAGUCAGGCUCUAAUCGCCAUGUCCCAACUUUCUGAGAGAGGGAAGGUUUCUGUGAGUAUCCCUCUCUAUAUAACUAAAGUUAGCUAAGCUUAGUAUGCAAUUAACACAAACAUAGACUGCUCUUUCACACCCAUGAGUGCAGUGUUACCCAGGGUUUUCUUUAGGUAGGGCAAACAAGCAUAGGCUGUACUUUAGGUGGCACACCCAUGAGUGCAGUGUAACCCAGUGUGAACUUUAGAUAGCGCAAACAAGUGUAGACUGUACUUUAGGUGGCACACCCAUGAGUGCAGUGUAACCCGUGCAGUGUUUAGGUAGAGCUUAACAUCAUACACUACACCAGAAGGCAACAGGUUUUCAACAAAACUUGGUGAAAAAGAGCUAUAAUAAAUUGCCAUCUCAAAUAUUUCUUUAUCAAACAUGGAUACAUUGUUUUAAUGCUCAAUUUAUAGCCUGGAAAGAACUUAUUGUCUGGAAUAGAACCUUAGCGAAGUAGAACAAUUUACAACAGUUAUACCCUAGCUAAAUAGGUCCAUUCUUGAAAUGCUCUUCCUGGCUGUGGCUGCUUAAUGGGGGUUUUAAUCAAGCUUUUGUUACUAUUUGUAUUUUAGAAACCAGUGGAAGGAGUUCUUGGACUGUCCUGGGCAUUUUCACUACCCCUGCAUGAUGUUGUUUCUGGCACUGCUGUGGACUAUAUGCAUUGCAUCUGUGAAGGAGCCAUUGACCAGCAUUUAAAUGCUUGGUUUGAGGAUAAAUCGGGCAACCAGUACUUGGGAAACAGUGUGAGUGAGGUGGACAAUGCAUUGCUGUCUAUAAAGCCAAUUUCUGAGAUAACGCGGCGGCCGAGAAGUUUAUCAGACUGGAAACAAUGGAAAGGUAUGUACACAUGGCAGUUUGCUUGCAUAAAUGCAUAUACAAUGUACUUGUGUGUAACAUAUACAUUUAUCAUUAAUAAAAUAUUGUUCAAAUACACUAAUUUUACUUGAUUGUUCUGGUCAUAUCAGACCUUGCAUUAAGAUAGUGAUGAGAUGCAGAUGUGAUUGAGUCCAUUUUCUGUUUCAGCUAAUGAGAAGAGGGCAUUCCUUCUCUAUUAUUCACUUCCAUUGCUGUUUGAAAGGCUAGAGGAACAGAGUCUUUUACACCUGGCCUUUCUUGUUGGAGGAGUUUAUCGCCUAUUGAAGGACAGCAUCCCUGAAGCUGACUUGCAAGAGGCUGGCGUCUUCCUAAGACUUUACUGUGCACAAGCACCAUACUUUUACGGUGAGUGUUCUGACUGCCUUCAUCUUGUGAUUUUCUAUGGAGGUGUGCAGGAUUAUGUUUGAUCUUGGUGGUAUAUAGCCAUACACAUUUUAGGUGGAUGUAUGCACAUGUAACUGUAUAAGCUUACAUGUGUGAUUAUUAAUGAUUUUGUUAACUACAACAGUGUAAUCAGUCUUUGAAAUGGUGUGUACAAUGCAGUUAAUUGUAAUUAUUUCAGUUAUUUUGUUUCAAAUUCAUUGCCAUACCAAAGAAACAAUGGAAAAAUGAAAAUUAAAUGAGAUAAUUAUAAUACUUAUAAGAGAUAAUUAUAAUAAUAAUAAUAAUAAUAAUAAUUAUUAUUAUUAUUAUUAUUAUUAUUAUUUACAUUACUUGCAUAUUAUUCAUAUUGUUGUUAUUUUUAACUGAAUUUUCUUUUUUUCAUUUUAAAAAAUAGGUGAAAGGUUUCAGACAUUUAACAUUCACCAAGUGCUUCAUUUGAAGCACACUGUUCAAAACUUAGGGCCUCUGUGGUCCAAUUCAUGUUUUCCUUUCGAAGACUACAAUGGCGACUUGACUGGGUACUUCCAUGGCAGUCAAAACAUCCAAGGACAGGUUAGGUGGAUAUGUUUCAGGGCAAAAUUAAAUUCAGGUUAAAAUAAUUAUUGUUUACCCUAGGUAAACAAUCUAUAAGUCAACUUCCAUUGUCUCCUAAUUCAAGAAUAUUUAAGGCUACAAGAAAUAGGAAAUUGAGGAUAAAACUAGGUUAAAAGAAUUUAACCUGAUUUUUAUUUUGACCCCUACCAGGUACAUUUAGAUAAAUUUGUCCUAGUUACAGUCUAGUAUUAUUUUUUGAUUAAAUGUCAGCACUGACAUUGUAACCUGCAACCAGGCACAUUUCUGUUGUUGUUUGUUUAUGAGUAUGUUUUGUUUUCUUGUUGUUGUUUGUUAUUUUGAGAUAAGGGGAAACCAAGAAAGACAAUAACAGAGAUGAUUAGUGGAGAUGGGAAAUAAUUUCCCUAACGGAACUAAACUUACCUAGUGAAGGCAUGAACUUUACUUGUGGAGAAACAGAUGUAACAAAGCAAAAACAAAAGCGUUUAAAGCUGUUGAGCUACAAAAUAGUUAAUUACAUACAGGAAUGAUUUUUUGCAGAAGGAAGUAAAUUAAACACUCAUUUUCAGGAAUAUUUUUUGAAUGCUACUUUCUUGCUAACUUGACCAUAUUUUUUUUCAACCAAGACCUUAGUCACAGUAUUAAGCUUUUGGGUCACAUCCAUACUAUAAUGCAAUCAUGGUACAUGUAAAUGCAUGGACAGCCAAUAUGCUACUCAUCUUUGAAUCCAAACUUUUUUGUUUCAAAGGUGGUCAUAGCCCCUCAUGUGUAACUGCAUCAAUGUGUUUUUUUAAUUGGCAAUAUUAUUUAUAACUGGCAACAUUGUUUUGACUUGAGGUGAACAAAAUGCAAUGUUGAACAAAGCUAAAGUUUGGAGCAUUGUUGCACAUGUAUGAAAUUAAAAAAAUAAUAAAUGCUGCCUUAAAAUCUUAGGCAAAAUCUUUAAAUGAGUGAUACGUUUUCUUUUAGAUUGUCAAAUCAGUUUGUGUUCAUCAAAGUCUACCACAACUAGCAGAAUCAAUGCCUGAAGGUUCUGAUGCAAAGAAAUUGUACCAAAGUCUGCUGUCAAAGUCCUAUACAUGCAGGUAAAAUCAGUGAUACAAAUUGAUGUACCUUAAAGUAAGCCAUUGUUAUUUUGUUGUAUUGUAUACACUUAAUGCCAGAUCCCAAGGGACCUGACGUUAAGUCAGUUUUCUCAUAUUUCUAGACUUUCACUUCAACAGCGACAAAACAAUAACCAGAGUGAAUCAAAGCAGUUGACUCGGUUCUUACAAGAACACAAAUUUCACUUUCAAAACAACUAAAUGAAUGCAUGAUUUACAAGAAAGUACUUUCUUUAUAUUAUCUGCAUCUUUUUCCUGAUCUACUAGCUGCUGUUUCUCUUCUGGGAUAACUUUGAAAAACGUUGCUAUUUAGCUUGAGGCUUAUUCAUGUUAGUGUUGUUGACUCUUGUUGAGUGUUCAUCCCUGAAAGUGAAAACCUACAGUGCUUUUCCUGCCUUCUGUCACUCCACUUUCUAUCAUGCUCUGAUUUCACAUGCAGUAAUGUAUCCUGAGCGGGGUACAAUUCCUUGGAUGUAUCACAAUCGAGAUUCAUUUGAUUUUAGUCAAGGCCAUGUGACCAAGAAUCAGCCAAUGGCAGGCCCUGUUUAGUUGAGUGAAAGUCUAAGAAUAUAACCAUGGAUAUUAAAUCAAUAUAAAGAUGAGUUGAGGUUAUCUAUAUAAUGGCAACAUAAGGAUUUUAUUCGCUAUCUGACUCACAUGUAUAGUAGGUCCCCAACUACCUUUCCUUACAUGUAUUUUUAUGGUAUAUAGGACAGUUGGGGAGCAGAUAUCUGAGGAAAUCUUUGUUAUUGGAUCACUAGAGCGCGUUUGGGAUACUUGCCAUUCUCGUCAAAGUCUGUUAACUGUGAAGGAGAGGGAAAUUAUUGGAGCAGCAUCCAAGAUCUGGGUAUUUGGAAGAGCAAGAAUCAAUGGUGCGGAGUACCAAAGUUCAUUUUACAAGCGAACUAAAGCUCGGAACAAUUUUACUGUCGUAUAUGAAAGGCGUGGAAAAAGUCUUUAUGGUUCAAUUGAGAAGUUUGUCAAGUACCAAGAGAAGUGUACUGCUAUGUCAUGUCUAAAUUCCAGAUGUUCUUGUGAUUUACCCUUUCAUUAUAUUGUGUUACUAAAAAAAAUGAGGAAGCACCCUUCUCAGCUUCCCAUGUAUAAGGGAAUUGAAGUAAUCAAGCACAUUAGACGGGUCAUUGUUGCAGACAACCCCAUUGCUGUCCCAUUCACGUGUAUAAAAGCAAAAUGCAUGAGGAUUGAGGUUGAUACUGCUAGUGUUUAUGUGUGUCAUCUUCCCAAUUGUUUUGAGAAGGACUGA